AUGGGUCGCCUAAAAGUCAAAGGAAAGGCAGGUGCUGCCAAAAACUACACAACGCGCAGUGCAGCUGUGAAGAAACUGCAGUGCUCGCUUGCGGACUUCCGUCGACUGUGCAUUUUGAAGGGCAUCUUCCCUCGCGAACCCCGCAACAAAAAGAAGGCCAAUAAAGGGUCUUCUGCUCCAACAUCAUUUUACUACACCAAGGACAUUGCCUACCUUGCUCAUGAACCCAUUCUCAAGAAAUUGCGAGAGCAUAAGGCAUUCGCGAAGAAGAUCUCUCGUGCGCUUGGUAGAGGUGAAUGGGACAGUGCAAAGAGUCUGGAGGAGAAUAAGCCGCACUAUCGUCUGGAUCACAUCAUUAAAGAACGAUAUCCUACUUUCAUUGACGCUGUACGGGACAUCGACGAUGCGCUCUGCAUGGUUUUCCUUUUCUCGUCUCUACCCUCAACCUCCCGUCUCCCUCCUGAACUAGUUGAGAAUUUCUUUUUGUCUAUUAAAGGAGUUUAUUAUCAGGCCGAAGUCAUGGAUCAACCGGUUACAUGGCUAGUUCCGUAUCAGUUCACUCAGAACGUCCCCUCUGAUGUCGAUAUUCGCGUCAUGCUCACUUUCCUCGAGCUAUAUCAGACACUCCUGAGCUUUGUCUUCUUCAAACUUUAUUCAGACACGGGUCUGGUGUACCCGCCUCCACUAGACGCCAUCAAGGACGAAGGCGGUGCUGGAAUUAACGCUUUCAGUCUUCAGGAUAGCUCUCGCACAGCGCCCGCUCAGCAGGUCAAGACAGUCUCGGUAGACGGCCGGCAAGUAUCUGUGAAGGACAUCAGGCAGACCAUCAAGGCGAUUUCUGUGAACUCGGGUGCCGAUACCCCCGAUGUCGAAAUGCCAGAGACCCAAGAGGAUCAGCCGGAGGCCGAGGAGGAGUUUGUGGUUCACCAAUCUUCAACAAACACAGGAAACAACGCCUCGCUUCCAACCCUUCAAACUCUUUCAGCACUACCGCAAACACUCACCACCAAUCUAUUCGCGCCCUACACUUUUUUCCUAUCCAGAGAGACUUCGCGGCCCAUCUUCGAAUUUGUCAUACGGUCCUUUGGUGGUCGCAUAGGCUGGCCUGCGUCAUCUGGAGCCGGGUCACCCUUCGAUGAAAGCGACCCAAGGGUCACUCAUGUUAUCAUCGACCGACCGGUGGUCGCAAAGGAAGAGACGCCAGCUCAGCGCGAACUUCGUCUGCUACGAAAAUUCGUGCAGCCUCAGUGGGUCAUUGACUGCAUUAACGCAGGCAAGGUCCUUAUUGAGGAACCGUACUUGCAAGGGAAAACGCUUCCUCCUCAUAUAAGUCCCUUUGGAGAAUACGAAGGGGCCUACAAUCCUAUCAACGCCAUUGAUGCCAAAGACACUGCCGAUGUGCUUGAGCAGGCGACGGAUAGUGAGGAAGACGAGGCGAUGGAGGGUGACGACGCCGUUGCGGUUGCGGUUGCGAACGUCGAUCCUGCUGCUUUGCGAGCCGCUGAGCUUGCUGCCGAAGCUGCUGGUGUCGAUUAUGGGACUUUCGAGGCCAAAGUCAAGGAUGCCACGAAGAAGCAAGGCAAAAAGGCGUCAGCUACUGAGGACGACGCCGAAGGCGAUAUGAACAAGAUGAUGAUGAGCAACAAGCAGAAGAAAUUGUAUGAGAAGAUGAAAUACAGCCAGCGGAAAAAGGAAGCAGAGCGAACCACCCUGGAAGACAGGAAAAAGGAACUGGUAAAGCAAAGACGGAAAAAGACAACCAGUUGA